AUGAGGACCAACAAAAACUGCCCUAAGUAUCGAGCAGAUCCAGAUACACAGCUUGAAACUGCAGAUUCAGAAAAAGCUUCAGGAAAAUCCAACACUCUGGAUCCUUCAAGUCAGUCUCAGCCAAAAAGUCUUAAAAAGAAGCUCAUAUCUAAAAGUGCAACAAAAAUUGCUGUGGUUGAAGCUUCAGAGAAUGAGAAAUCUAAUUCAAAGGCGAAAGUUCUCCCCCUAAAAUUUAAAUGUGGCUCCACUGAUAAGCUUUCAGAUAAAGUUGUUUCUGCACACAUGCAAAGUUCUGACCAACCAGUGACUUCUGAUGUUGAAACUGCAAACAAGUCUGUUGCUAAGGUUAAUAAAAUAAAAAUUUCUAACAAGCUAAAACCUGAAGAAAUGCAGGCUGAGUCUCAUAACCCCUCUAUUGUAAUACGGCCUCUAGCAGAUGCAGAUAGAGUUCAAGCUGAAUCUCCUAGGCCCUCUAUUGUCAUACGACCUCCAACAAAUAUUUAUAGAGAACAAGAAUCCCAUAAGCCUGCUAUUGUCAUUAGACCCCGAACUAGUACAGAUAGAGAACAAGCUGAAUCUAAUAGACCCUCUAUUGUGAUACGCCCUCCUAUGGAGAAGGAUAGGGAGCUGCCUCAAAAGAAAAUUAUUAUCAAACGACCAAAAGAAAUUAUUGACCUGGACCAAGUCAGUCCAGAUGGAGCCACUCAUCUUGAGUACAGGAAAACAAAAAAAAUAAUUGACUUGUCAAGUUUUGAGAAGUGUGGGAAGCAGGAAAGGUCACAGUUGAUUUAUGAGUCAUCAGAAAAGAAAGGUAAAGAGGAGAGAAGAUGGUGGGAAGAGGAAGAAAAGAGAAAUGCGGCCAGGUUGAGGGAAGAGAGGGCAAGGAGGCUUUAUGAGGAAGAAAUGAGGGUGCAAGAAGAGCGAGAAAGGUUUGCUGAAAUCAAAAGAUAUGAAGAAUCCAUCAGAAGGGAGAGAGAGGAAGAAGAACGCCAGAAAGCAAAGAAGAAAAAGAAGAAAAAGCCAGAAAUAGCAGAGGAUUAUUUAGAGGACUAUAGGACAAGAAGAAAUGAUAGAAGGAUGCCAGAAAGAGACCGCAGUGCAAAGAGAAGGCAUGUUUCUGAGUUGGGAAAGUAUGUUGCAGAGUCGGGGCCUCCAACUAAGCGACGUAGAGGGGGGGAGGUCGGUCUGUCAAACAUAUUAGAAUGCAUUGUGGAAACACUCAGAGAAAAUACUGAUGUGUCAUUUCUUUUCCUAAAACCUGUGUCAAAGAAAGAGGCUCCCGAUUACCUUGAUAUUGUUAAACAUCCCAUGGACUUGUCCACAAUCAGGGAUAAGGUGAGGAGGAUGGAGUACAAGGACCGAGAGGAAUUCAGACAUGAUGUUUGUCAAAUUGCCAUCAAUGCUCACAUUUAUAAUGAUGGGCGCAACCCUGGUAUUCCUCCUCUAGCUGAUCAGCUUUUAGAACUUUGCGACUACUUGCUGCAUGAGAAUCGUCGUAACCUGUCUGAAGCUGAGGCUGGCAUUGGAUCACGGAAUAUUUAGGGGA